CGGCCACCCGUCCUGCGCAGGCCGCCUCCACAUUUGGCCGAUGGAUGAUGGCAGGCGCUGCAGAACUAUCUCGUGCGGGCCUGCGUCCGAGUCUGCCUUCGUUGCGACGUGAUUCAAAUUCGCCGCCGGGCGUUCCCCGUUGCGCAGCAUGUCUGCGGGAGCGCUGUGUCCCACUCCCGCCCUCCGUGGAAUGCAUUUACCCGCCUCCAACUUCAAGUUGCCAGGCCUCUUCUUCUUCCCCGCUCCUCGCCCCGUGAAUCAUCGUCUCCGAGGAGACAUAUAUCCGUCAGCGCCGGGAAAAGGCGCUCUUUCCUCUCCGCUGUCCCCUUCUCCCUGCCAUCCUCGCAGCAUCACCUCCGCACUGCUUUCUUUCUCACCUCUGCGACCGCAUCUAAUGAAUCCAAUUGUCGUCCGGUUUUCCCUCACGAGCCUCGUUCACUGCGAGGCAUAGCUCCUCGCUGCGGUCUUUUCCCGCAUCGAACUCUCCGGAUGAUGGCCUUUCGAAGAUCCGAUGCUGAAUUCUUACGAUAGAGAUUGGUAGCAUUCUGAGAGGUUUCGCCCGAACGCUUUGAAUUUGUGACAGAGGCGCGCGAUACAAUCUCUCUGCUGGCUGACUUCUCGCUGAAGCCAUCAGUAUUUGGCGGUGGUUGCGUAUGGGCUUAGCACUUCCGCAGUGACAGUCCAACUCUCUGAAUUAAAAUUUACGGGCACGGCUGGAAGCGCAUUCAGAUUCGUCACAACAGUACGCUCACGAAUUCUGCGUAUGCUGCUUCGGGUUUAGACGUCGAAACAGGGAGUGCUCGGCUUCGAAUCCUUGGCAUGGAUAUCCAGGAUUUCAAAGCAUGAAAACAACGGGAUUCACUCUUCUACGAAUCUAGUUCGAAUCACCGGUUAGAGGAUUGGGCCUCGCCGCUUGAAGGCGCCAGUUUCAAUAUGCGUGUAGAAGCUCCUGUACCUCUCAUGCAUCCAGCCAAGGUACGCUACGCGGACUGCUUAGAAAACAGCAGUAGCAGCACAGAGGUUUCUGGCUGCAAAGGGAGACCGUUCGGAUCGAAACAGAUCCAGCCACCUAGAUCAAGAUGUGAGACAAGUGAGGAGCUGUCGCAUCCUUCAAUCCCUGAAAUGGAGAACAGGGGGCCCUCAGACGGAGAAGCACGGAUGCAAGCUUCAUACAACCGUAAAGACAAAUCUCUCGGACUUCUGUGCGAAAACUUCUUAAAUUUGUAUGGGAAUGAAAAUGGUGAAUGUAUCAGUCUUGAUGAGGCAGCCACACGUCUAGGUGUUGAACGAAGGCGAAUAUACGACAUCGUCAAUGUAUUGGAAGGCAUGGAGAUUCUGGUAAGAAAAGCUAAGAAUCGUUACACAUGGCAUGGUUUUGCCAGGCUUCCACAAGCGCUGCAAGCGAUGAAGGAGGCGGCUUUACGCGAGUAUGGUCUUGACGGCUUUCGCGGAACUGCAGCAGCCACCGAAGAGAAAGAUGAAGCAGGCUCAUCUGGCGACGAAAACAACUGCGUGAAGACGAAAGGACUCUCGUCGUGCAAGGCUGGCAAGUCUUCCAAUGACUCAUAUAAGAGCAGUCCGUCUUCACCUUUUUCGGAAGCAGGCGAUAGCCAGUGUGAACCGGAAGGCAAUCAUAAUGAAGCAGUUUCCUCUUUACCUGAUCAACGACACAAAGUUACAAAGGAGAAAGCAGAUUGCAGGCGAGAGAAGUCCCUGGGGCUCCUGAGUCAGAAAUUUGUCCAGUUAUUUUUAGUCUCCCAGACCCAAAUUGUGUCGCUCGAAGAUGCGGCCAAAAUACUUCUCGGUGACUCCACUGAGGCCUGCAAGCUUAAAACAAAAGUAAGAAGACUCUACGACAUUGCCAACAUCUUGUCCUCUCUGCAACUCAUCGAAAAGACACACAUGACUGAAAAUAGAAAACCUGCCUUCAAGUGGCUCGGAGCUAGCAGUGAAGGCCAAUUCUGCACCAAACGCGUAUUCAGCAAUCGUUUAACCUCUAGUAACUCAAGCGCUCCAAAGGAAAGACGCGGCCUCAAAAGGUCUAGCAGCAAGGGAGGUGAAUCAGCUUAUGCACAGCAAAGUGCCCCUAAACGACCAAACGCGAAGCCUUUGCAGGUCUUGCCUGUUAACGUCCCUAUUCGGGAGAGGAUAAACAAGCCUGUCCCAGUUUACCCUACAAUGCCGCCGGAAAUGUUUGCUAGGCGAGAAUCGUUAAUUCCUGCGGCCUUGUCAUCAGGCUUGCCCAAAGGAGUUACUCUAGGUCCUGUCGGUGGUUGGAGAGAGUGGAAUGAUGGUGCAGCAAACAACAGUCCUGCCAAAGAGGUAUCCAAGCAGCCCGAUCCCGUGAGCACAGCGCAAACGUCCGGACAUUGUUCCCCAAGUACGAGUGCUGCGAACUUAGUUCCCCCUCCCUUCCCGGGAUGUCCUUGUGCACACGGAGGGUCAGUGGAUAGAAACUUCCUCCCUGUCCUGCCCGCGCAUUCUGGAAUGUGUUUUCCCUCCUUCUGGCCCUUUCAAGCAAUGCGACAACUGGUAGCCGGUUUUCAGUUUCCGCCCUGUGACCCAAGUCAACUUUCAGAUCAGGGCACGGCAGACUGUUCCCUCAGAAUGGAAGGAAUGUUCACAGCAGCGGCUAUGCAGUAUCAAAAUGAAGCUUUGGGACAACUUUUUAAUCACUACGUCGAAACCUGGAGGUCUUGGUAUCAACAGGCUGUUUCUAUGUCACCGGGACCAUUUUUUGAACCUCCAACAAAAUCAUGUGAUUCCAUGAAGAGCUCGUCGUGAAGUCACACAUGCAAGUAUUUGUGAGGUGAAUAGAGUAGACAUACUGGUUAGCUUUCCACCCAAAAUCAGGAAGAAAGCAACCCACGAUCAAGUUGCGAGUGCUUGUAACCUGCCUCUUGUCUCAUGAACAUUUAUUACAUCAGGCAUAGUAGAACGAAGACAACAUGUCUUCUAGUCUGUUGUACAUUACAUCCAAAUAAAAGAGCUCCGAUGAUCUUGAUGAACAUGUUUUCAUCCUGUCCCUAUUCUAGUCCAGCACUGCCAUAGGCGUGUGAGAAAUAUCACCCCGGCUAAGUGUGACGCUUGGUAUUUGCUCCUUAUUUGUUUCACGUCACAACCAAAGAGCCCGACUUCAAAUGGAUCAAAGCUAUACAGGC